ACCAGAUGUCCCCUUGAUUUUUAUGUUACAGCACAAUGUCUUCUGGGAGGGUCCGAGCAAAGAAAAAAACAGUGACUUUGGAUCAGUCUCCUGACAACCUUCCUCUGAGGAGUUCAGGGAGGCAGGUGCGGAGGAAGGCUGCAGACGCAGCGGAGGAGGAUGAAGAUACUUCAGAGAAAAAGUAUCGGAAGUGUGAAAAGGCAGGGUGUACAGCGACAUGUCCUGUUUGCUUUGCAAGUGCAGCGGAAAGGUGUGCUAAAAAUGGCUAUACAUCAAGAUGGUAUCAUCUCUCAUGUGGGGAACAUUUCUGCAAUGAAUGUUUUGAUCAUUAUUACAGAAGUCACAAAGAUGGCUAUGAAAAAUACACUGCUUGGAAACGGAUUUGGACCAGUAAUGGGAAAAGUGAACCAAGUCCUAAAGCAUUUAUGGCUGAUCAACAACUCCCUUAUUGGGUACAGUGCACAAAACCAGAGUGUGGAAAGUGGCGUCAGCUGACAAAGGAAAUCCAGCUUACCUCACAAAUAGCCAGAACAUACCGUUGCGGCAUGAAACUUAACAAUUCUAUCAAGGUGGAGGGCUCAGAUCAGUGCUCCAUGCCUGAGGAUCUGAGAGUUGCUGAAGUUUCAGAUUCCUGGUGGUACUCUAUGCUCAUUCUUCCUCCUUUACUGAAGGACAGUGUGGCGGCACCUUUGUUGUCUGCCUACUACCCAGACUGUGUGGGCAUGAGCCCCUCUUGCACCAGCACCCACCGCUCACUUGGUGAAUCCAACACUGUAAAAAUGGAGCACUUGAAGACCCCGCCUACUAUAGCUGGAAUGAACAAGUACUUUUGGCCAUUCUAUCAGCCCAAUGAAUGUGGUAAAGCACUGUGUGUAAGGCCAGAUGUAAUGGAACUAGACGAACUCUAUGAGUUUCCGGAAUAUUCAAGAGAUCCCACCAUGUACCUGGCUCUGAGAAACCUCAUUCUGGCCCUGUGGUAUACAAACUGCAAAGAACCUCUCACCCCUCAGAAGUGUACUCAUUUCAUCAUUGUUCGAGGUCUUGUGCGUAUUCGCUGUGUACGGGAGACAGAACGGAUACUUCAAUUUAUGACCAGGAAAGGUCUGAUUAAUACAGGGAUUUUGUCUGUUAAUCCUGACCAGCCUCUUCUUCCCAAAGAUUAUCACAAUAAAUCUGUAAUUGUGGUCGGGGCUGGUCCAGCAGGAUUAGCAGCUGCAAGGCAACUUCACAAUUUUGGAAUCAAGGUUCUUGUGCUUGAAGCAAAGGAAAGAAUCGGCGGGCGUGUGUGGGAUGACAAAUCUUUCAAGGGAAUCACUGUUGGAAAAGGGGCACAGAUUGUUAAUGGCGGUGUCAACAAUCCAAUAGCGCUUAUGUGUGAGCAACUGGGGAUUAAGAUGCAUAAACUUGGAGAGAAAUGCGACUUGAUCCAGGAAGGUGGGAGGAUAACUGACCCUACUAUAGAUAAGCGCAUGGAUUUCCAUUUCAAUGCCAUCCUUGAUGUUGUAGCUGAUUGGAGAAAAGAUAAAAACCAGCAUCAAGAUGUUCCUCUUGGAGAUAAAAUCCAAGAGAUCUAUAAAGUUUUCAUUCAGGAAUCUGGAAUCCAGUUCAGUGAACUGGAGGAAAAAGUCCUGCAGUUUCACCUCAGUAACCUUGAAUAUGCCUGUGGCAGCAACCUCCAUAAGGUUUCUGCACGCUCCUGGGAUCACAAUGAAUUUUUUGCUCAAUUCGCUGGUGAUCACACUCUUUUAAGCUCAGGGUACUCUGCCAUAAUGGAAAAAAUGGCUGAAGGCUUGGACAUUCGGUUGAAGGCCCCAGUCCGUAGCAUUGACUAUUCAGGAGAAGAGGUCAAGGUGACAGCAACAGAUGGAACUCAGUGGACUGCCCAAAAGGUUUUAAUUGCUAUACCUCUGGCUAUACUUCAGAAAGGUGCCAUUCAAUUUAACCCAGCUUUGCCAGAGAGAAAAAUGAAAGCCAUCAACAGUUUAGGAGCAGGGGUCAUUGAGAAGAUUGCCCUGCAGUUUCCUUACAGAUUCUGGGACAGCAAAAUUCAAGGAGCUGAUUUUUUUGGCCAUAUACCUCCUUCUUCCAACAAACGUGGUCUGUUCAGUGUUUUCUAUGACAUGGACCCACAGCGUAAAUGCUGUGUUCUGAUGUCUGUCAUUACUGGUGAUGCUGUAUCGAGUAUCAAGAAUAUGGAAGAUAAGCAAGUUCUUCAGCAGUGCAUGAUUGUCCUCCGUGAACUGUUCAAGGAACAGGAAGUGCCAGACCCAGUCAAGUAUUUUGUUACACGAUGGAGCAAAGAGCCUUGGAUUCAAAUGGCAUAUAGUUUUGUAAAGACAGGUGGCAGCGGUGAAGCUUAUGACAUCUUAGCAGAAGACAUACAAGGAACAGUCUUCUUUGCUGGCGAGGCCACCAACAGGCACUUUCCACAGACAGUUACUGGAGCAUAUUUGAGCGGUGUCCGAGAAGCAAGCAAGAUAGCAGCAUUUUGAAUGCUAAAGUACUGUUUACAGAUGUUCUUUUAAAAACUUCUUCCAUCUAAAUUUUCUGGGUUACACAUCAUUCUACCCCUAAGUCAUACUUACAAGACUGCCUUCAUACUCCUUUGUUGUUACUUUUUUCUGCCUGAAGAUGCAAUCAUGUCCACGUUUCUCAGCAUGGAAAGCUAACUGGUUUAUCAACAAUGUCAGUACAUUUGAGUGGCCCAGACCUCUAUACUUUCUUUUAUGGUCCCUCUGAGGUUAAGUAGUACAGAACAUAGAAUACUUGAGUAUGAUAGUGUUUUCAAAAUGAUACUGGGUGAAUUGUUAAAUAGCAAAUAGUGGAUUUGCAAGAAAGGUGUCGGCUGCCUCCAAUCAUGCUUUGAACAAUGCAGAUAAUUCCUUUUGAAUCAAACUACUGAAAUUGCUCAGAAACAUAACAGUGGGGUUUGCUGGUGAUUAAAAUAGAUGCAUAGAACAGUCCUAUAGAAACCUUGUUUUAUUUUCAUAGGAAAUGUCAGACACCUUCUGUAUGUAUAUAAUAGGGUAGGGCUUGAGAUUAGCUGAUCAUGGAAACAGACCAGCCGAAACUGUUAAUUUUGACUGUUUAAUACAGUGAAAUUUUUAAAUCAUCUGUGGGUAGUCAUUUGUAUGUAGAGUUGUUACGCCAUAGUAAGGGUUGGGCAUGUAAGACUUUUGUGAGCUGUACUGUUUUACAAAGAGGUAAAAUAAGAUGCUGUCAUCCAGUUGUAUCAAGCACAUUUAAAUCCCACUGAUUUCCAUGACAGAAUUAAGCAGAUGUUUUCAUCUUUUCCACUAAAAUCAGCAAAACUGCCACAUAAGCACUUAAAUAUGUAGCGCCUGGCAGUGUACUUUGUUUAUGGGAUCACAGUAGAGAAGAGCGGGGCGGCUCUUGUAAAAGAUGAUCUUUAUAGUUGAACUGCUGGCAUUUUAUUAGUGUAACAGGAAAUAUUUAGUAAGGGAUGGAAAAUAUGAAAAGUGUUUGUGUGCUACUUUCCCUGCAUUUCUUGUUUUAAAAAAAAAUUUAAAUAGGCAAAAUGGUGAUAAUGUGAACAUUUAGCUAGUGCAGGCUAACUGGCUGUCUCUGAAACUAGUCUCCUUGGUAAGUAGUGGUCCUGCUGUUAGCUGAAGCACUAAUCUGCAUUAUCAGGAUUCAAAAACAGACAAAUUUGCACUCAGGGGCAAUCUGAAGUGAACACUAAAAAGCCUCUUUGAAGCAAAGCUCUUAUGCACUUGAAAUUAGGCAUUACUUGUAAGGAUCUUGUGGUAAUUGGUGCAAAGACAAAAUGGAAGUUUAUUCUGUAAAUAUGAAACCAUUUGCUCUAUAAAUACUUGUACAUAAUAGCCUUGUAGAAGUGCUUAGGCAACAGGAACACUAUUCCAUAUAAGAAGCUGUUGAGAUAAUGGAGACUACUUUUUUAAUCAUUUAUUUAAAUAUUCAGGAAAAAGUCAGAGGGUUCAGUUAACUACUGAUCCCAAAGAAUUAAAAAAAUGUGUAUUUUAUUUUCUAAGCAUGUUCAUUUUUCUAUUGUGUACAUACAAUAUAUGCCUUGUAAAUAAUCUGCGGUAACAUUAAAAAAAAUCAAUCUUCUGGC